GUGCGGUGCAAGGGUGUCCAACAUAUCAGAGCAUCAAGCGUCCGGGAUGUCACAGAACGCUCAUCUCCAUCCACCACCAUGAUCGACACGUACCACAGCAGCUUGGGGCCGCCACUGCCUCCACGUCAACAUGGCCCCCGUCAGGCCCCCGUCCUCAUCCAGCCAUCAAGCGGAAGACGCAGCAUUAAUAUCUUCUGUAGCAUCUUGCUGCUGCAUUUACUCAUCACUGUGGGGGGGUUCGCAUUACUCUACCAUACGGAAAUGCUGCAAUUAUCUGAAGGAAAAGGAAAAGCUGCUCUUCACUCAUCAGAGAACCUGCAAAGUUCCUCCAGAACAUUGGCCCGCAUGCUGGUGCACAAACCAUCGCACUCUGCACACAAAAGAUCAGGUUACCUCCAGUGGGACCUGAAGCACUCGGUGAGGAGGAACAUCAACUACUUCCACCAGAACAACUGGUUGACCAUCCUGCAGCCUGGAGACUACUUGGUGGUCUCCCGGGUGACCUUCUCAAAGGGAGACCCACAGGCUCCCCUGGCCAGCAUGGUCAAGCUAAAGCGGAGUGAGACGGCCGAGGAGACGGUGGCCAUGCAGGCCUACUGCAGCCUGAGUGGGACAGAGACCAGGUCUGGGUGGGGGAGCGGGUCCAGAUCCAUCCCCCAGAUGUGCACAGCCUCACAGGAGGAGGUGCUGUCACUGGAGAGGGGGAACCAGCUGAGUGUGUGGGUGGCGGACCUGUCACUGGUGGACUACAGCGACACCGCCACAAGCUUUGGGAUGUACAAACUUUGACAUGAACAAAGUAGACUUGGAUCAACUCUUAAUUUAUUCUUCUGUAUUUAUUCUUUUCAACGUCUUCUCUGUGGACAAAGUCAAUAGAUAGUUGUGCAUUUGUUGAUUGGAAUGAGGACUAAGUCAAUAGACCAGUGGUUACCAACCUUUUUGAGACCAAGAUCUCGGCCGUAAACCUGCACAAGAUCUACCAACCCCCCCCCAAACAAGCAGGAUAUGGAUAUACAAUAUAUGCUUUGUGGUAUUAUUUUCUAAUUGAGCCUUUUGCUGUAUUUUUAUCAUUUUUGCUGUUUUUAGAAUUUAAUUUUGUUCAUGCAGUGAUGGUGGGGACUGGGCUCCUUGCUGGGGCUCGCUGGUUGCUGGCUGGAUAGCAGCAAGGAGUACGGGUGUGUUCAGUGGACUGAUAUGAUAAUACAGCUUUUCAACCGUUCUCGCGAUCGACCGGCAAAGUCCCAAAGAUCGACUGGUAGCUCACGAAGGCCGGGUUGGUGACCCCUGCGGUAGACUGUUGCAUUGGAAUGCUUCAUGCAACCAAGCAGCAAAAAAGCAAUGCAAUGAGGUUUAAUAAUUCCUAUUAAAGAUUAUAAUCUUAAUGCCUUUCAGUUAUUCUAGCACAUCACUUGAUUUGUUUUUAGAUAGUCUAUUUUUCAAAAUUUAAGAAAUGCUUUAUUCUUGAAUCCUUAU